UCUUAUCAUUAUAUAUAUACUUGACUGUAUUACAUAUAUAUUUGAUUGUAUAUAAUUGGUUUGUAUUUUUAUACAAGCGUAUUGUGAUCAUGACGAUGUUAUCGCAAAAAUUAACACACACCAGUUUAAUAUGUGCUUAAUUUUGUAAAUAAAAGAUGCUAGCUGGAGUUUGUUUCCUAACAAUAGCAAGUAAGAUUGCUUCAUUUAAUACAGCAAGAAAUAUCAGAAGCAUUACUGGAAUGUCAAAAUUUGAUCUUCCCAAUCGUCUAAAGGGCAAUGAGAAAUCUGUCUGGGUGGAAUACAUCCAGCUUGCUCUGCAGUAUAAGCCGCUGAAUUUGGGCCAGGGAUUUCCCGACUAUCAUGCACCAGAGAAUGUAACUAAUGCUUUGGCUGCCAUUGCCAAAAGUGACAAUCCACUUUUGCAACAGUAUACUAGAGGAUUUGGUCAUCCAAGAUUAGUGAAUGCAAUUGCAAAAUUUUAUUCCAAGCUCAUUGAUCAUGACUUGGACCCAAACAAAGAAGUCUUGGUCACUGCUGGUGCUUACGAAGCAUUAUAUGCCACUCUACAAGGUCACACCAAUCCUGGAGAUGAGUGGAUCAUUAUUGAGCCCUUUUUUGACUGUUAUGUACCUAUGGUACAGAGUGCUGGGGGAAUUCCCAGAUAUAUAGCAUUAAAACCGAAAUCUACAUCGGGUACGGUCACUUCUGGUGAUUGGGUAUUUGAUAGGAAAGAGUUGGAAAGUCUUUUCAACAAUAAAACUAAAGGCAUUAUCAUCAACACUCCGCAUAAUCCAAUAGGAAAGGUGUUUACGUUGGACGAACUGCAGUUUAUUGCUAACCUUGCAAAAAAAUGGAAUAUUCUAGUGGUUUCUGAUGAGGUUUAUGAGCAUAUUGUUUAUGAACCAUACGAGCACAUAAGAAUCGCAACAUUGCCCGAUAUGUAUGAACGCACAAUCACGAUUGGAUCGGCGGGCAAAACGUUCAGCGUUACAGGCUGGAAAAUAGGUUGGGCCUAUGGACCAGCAAGUUUGUUGUAUAAUCUACAAGUGAUACAUCAGAAUUCUGUGUACACCUGUAGCACGCCGAUUCAGGAAGCGGUAGCUAUUGGAUUCGAAUUGGAAAUGGAACGCUAUGGGCAAUCGGAAUGCUACUUUCAUAGUCUGGCAAAGGAGCUGUUACCGAAACGCGAUUACAUGGCGAAAUUCCUUCGGGAAGUCGGUAUGGUGCCGACGAUACCCGAGGGCGGAUAUUUUAUGCUCGCCAAUUGGUCUACUUUGGAGAAUAAAGUAGAUCUGCACGAGGAAACAGACAAGAACAAGGACUACAGAUUUACCAAAUGGAUGACAAAGAAUGUUGGUCUUCAAGGUAUUCCUCCCUCGGCGUUUUAUGGUCCUGAACACAAACAUCUGGCAGAGGACUAUGUGCGAUACUGCUUCAUAAAGAAGGACGAAAAUUUGAAGGCUGCUGCCGAUAUCUUGAAGAAAUGGGUGUCUAAAUAAUCGAAACUAUAUUUAUACACACACACACAUACAUACGAUAUAUGUGUCUAUAUGUGUGCAUGUUUGUAUAUUCACCACUUAUACUUGUCUUGUAUUUCGCAUUGAUUUAAUAUUUUGUACAUUGUUUUAUAUGGGUAAUUUAUUGGAAGUAAUUAAAAAAAUGUCAUAGUCGAGAUUUUUAUUCCUUGUGAAAGCAUUAUAAUUAAUAACAAUACUCUUUUAUCUUUGUUAUUUGUAUAUAGUAUAAAUAUACUUACAAAAUGUUAAAUUUAUAUGCACAUAAGUAUAAGUUUCGUAAAUUUUUUUUAUAUGAUAUACUCUCAUAUGAUUUAUAUGUGAUUCAAUGAUGCAUUUUAUAAUCAUUGGACAAUGACGAAUAAUAUCGUUGCGAAGUCAAUUAUAAGGCGGAGUCUCCUUGAAGCCAUUUUUUGGCAUCUAUCGUGUCAGCUCCAAAUGUUUUCCCAUAUCUACGAAAUAAAGAUAUUGUUG